AAUAAUCUCUCCUUUUUUCGUAAAGGAUGUUGGCUGUGAGUUGGGUGUUCGCAACGGGUUGGACCCCGUUUCUCAUAGCCCUCAUUUUAGUCGUUGUGUCUUUUGUUCGAAGCCGUAAAGAGGUGAAAAUCGAAGCCCCCGAAUUGGUGCAAGUACCGAAAGAAGAACCACUGCAAGUACCAAAAAAAGAACAGCUGCUGGAAGCAGAAAAGGAUGAAGUCAAAGCAAGUAAAACGAAGAAAUGUUGUUCAGGAGGUGGUUGCUGCUCUAACAAGGAGAAAACUCAUGAUGUGAUGGGUGAAGUCUCUGAAGUCCAAGUGUUCUAUGGAACUGAAAGUGGAACUGCUGAGAAAUUUGCGGAGCAAUUGGUGGAAAGAGUCGGUGCCCUUGGAGUGGAAGUCAGCUUGAUCAACAUGAAGGAUCACGACCCGGAAACCCUAUCAUUACUUCAAGACAAAACUCGCGUUUGCCUGUUCGUCAUCCCGACGUACGAAGAAAAUGAACCUCCGGAAACCGCGGCCUGGUUUUGCAAAUGGAUCCGCGAUGCUGCUCAAGAUUUCCGCGUGUCGAAAUCUUUGCUUGCCAAUUUCCAGUUCGCCGUUUUUGGACUCGGUGAUUCCGCAUACGGAGAAGACCGAUUUUGCGUUGUAGCCAAAUGGCUUUCUUCGAGUUUUGAAGAACUCGGCGCGUCUCGUCUAGUUUCUACUAUGUUUCACGAUCUGAGCAAAGCUAAUGCCGAACAAGACUUUGACAAAUGGACCGGAAACGUGAUCAAGAAACUGUUCCCGGACAGAGAAUCGAAGGACAAAAAGUGUGGGUGUAAUGAGGAAGAGAAGGUUGUUGAGGUCGUGGAUUCUUCUGCUGAUGAACAAGAGGAUGAAGGAUCUGCUCUUCAAGACCUCGAAGACUUGGGGAAUAUUAUGGAGUUGUUGAAGAAGUCGAAGGAACAGAAAAUGGAUCAAGAGUCGAAAGAAAUGAUCACGCCGGCGUUGAGACAGGCACUGACUAAACAGGGAUACAAAUUGAUUGGAACGCACUCUGGUGUCAAAUUAUGCAGAUGGACUAAGUCGAUGUUGCGAGGUCGUGGAGGCUGUUACAAGCACACUUUCUACGGGAUAGAAAGUCACCGAUGCAUGGAAACGACUCCGAGUUUGGCGUGUGCCAACAAGUGCGUUUUUUGCUGGAGACACCAGACGAACCCCGUGGGCACCGAGUGGAAAUGGGCCAUGGACCCGCCGGACAUGAUCUUGUCGGAAGCCCUGGAGAAACACGCCAAGAUGAUCAACGAGUUCAAGGGAGUGCCUGGAGUGAUUGUGGACCGGUUCCAGGAAGGCAUGAGUCCCAAGCAUUGCGCCUUGUCACUGGUUGGAGAGCCCAUCAUGUAUCCGGAAAUUGACAAGUAUUUGCGCUUGCUCCACAGCAAGGGCAUCUCGUCGUUUCUGGUCACCAAUGCCCAGUUUCCGGAUGCCAUUAGAUCAGUGAGCCCAGUUACGCAACUUUACGUCAGCGUGGACGCCAGUACAAAGCAGGAGCUGAAGCGUAUCGAUCGCCCACUUUUCCGAGAUUUCUGGGAUCGCUUCCUCAACAGCUUGAAAGCAUUGAAGGACAAGAAACAACGCACAGUUUACAGAUUAACGCUCGUCAAGUCGUGGAAUGCGGAAGAGAUCGAUGGUUACGUGAAUCUCGUGGCACUCGGAAAUCCGGAUUUCAUUGAAAUCAAAGGCGUUACUUAUUGCGGAACGUCUAAAAAUUCUGCUCUGACGAUGGAGAAUGUGCCGUGGCAUGAAGAAGUGGUCACCUUUGUAAAAGGUCUGGUGGAGAAGUUGCCGGAGUAUGAAAUUGCCUGCGAACACGAGCAUUCCAAUUGUGUUCUUGUUGCGCACAAGAAGUUUUUCAGAGAUGGGAAGUGGAUGACAUGGAUUGACUAUGAGAAGUUCCACGAGUUGAUGAGGAGCUUCUAUGAAUCGGACGGGAAACUUGCAUUUUCUUCUGAGGAUUACAUGGCUCCUACGCCGGAUUGGGCCGUUUUUGGAGCCACUGAGCAAGGAUUUGAUCCAGCUGAAACGCGGACCAACAGGAAAAAGAGGGAAACUGCAGGUGUUGGGCUCUAUGGUGGCCAUACUUUUGAAAUGAUGAGGAAUGUGACUGCUUUGGUCGGGAAGAACAGCAACCUUAGGGUCUAUUUGGUGGCUUUGACUGAUCCUUGGAGUGCUGAGAAAGCUUUGGAAUAUGAACAUCCACAUCAACACAGUGUAGUUCUUGAAGGCAAAAUAUCAUUGCUACUCAUGCCACAGUCCCUCCUCAGUUUGGAGUUCCACUCAACCAAGAAUGGCAAUAGCACGAAGUACUCUUUGAAGUUGAUUGGGUUUGUCCAGUUGUUGCAGGCUGUUCCGCGGAAAUCUAUUUUGCAGAAUCUUUCGACGAUGGGGAAAACUGGGCAAAACGUUGGACGAUUGGUGAGUUGA